AUGGGCCACAAGCCGAGGGUUGUAGAAAAAGAAGAACGAGACUAUAAAAAGACCGCGAUGACCCCGAAGGUAGACUCAAGUAUCAAAAUGAUAGACUGCAGUAUGUCUGAAACGAAGAAAGCCUUGAUCACCGAUCGGUUCGUUACUUUGGCCAAAGAGGUCAAGAACGAUCCGAAACAAAUGAGCGCGGUCGCGACGAAACUCAAACGAUUCCUCGAAGAUAUGUACGGUCAAGUGUGGCACGUGGUUNGCUCUUAUUGGAUGAACUAUUCACAUGCACCGCUUUAUUCCUUGCAAUUCCAACACGGACCUUUUGUGUGCGUCGUGUGGAGAACAUCUUCUGCGUAG